AUGGGCCGACCUCAAUUGUACAACUCAUCUGAAGAAAAGGCAAGAGCUGCUCAUAAGUAUAGACAGACAUAUAAAGAAAGGAAUACGAAAUCUAUAAACCAACAGUUAUUCGCAGUGAUCAGCAACUCAUCCCGCGAGUUUACAGAAACCUUAUGCUGCGCAUUGAUUCAGUCGCUUGAUAUAAUCAAGGAUUUAGAACUAGAGGCACGCAAGGUAGGAAGUGCAGUACUCACACGUGUGCGAGAGGUCAGGGUGUCACUACAAGAUAUAAUUGCGUGGGUUAGGAUCGAUAUGGAUGCCUUGGAUGAAGCAUAUGAAAAGGGGGAGAUUUAUCACCAAUAUGCUAACAGUAUCUAUGUAUCACAGAAACUUCUAUCCCUUUCUGGGUCUCGUAUCUGGGCCCUCAGGCUGUGGAUUCGCGAUGGACCAUACACUGUCUGCACAAUCAUCAUGCUGCAUCCCACCACUCAUCAAACAGAACAAGCAAAACUUGCAGAGGUACAGGAGAUUCAAAGAGCACUUGCUGUGGCCUUGGGCUAUGAUGACGAAGAUCCAUCUGAGCUGGAGACGAGUGAUGACGAGAAUGAUGCACUAUUACUAGAUCUCCCAUCGUGGCUGCUCGCUGUCAAAAGCAUCAAGGAUGAGAUGUUGGUGCUAAUUGGAGAGCCCUGCACAUUUACACAGAAUCUCCUCUCUCAGUACGUCAAAAGCUUGCCAGAUGAAGUGCUUGGCAAGGGCGACACCUCAAUCAUUCAAAAUUAUUUUUUGGACAUUGAAGGACUCACUGAGUUGAUGGUUGCUCACUCAAUGGGAGAGCUGAUGUACCAGAAGGAUAUCCAUAUUUAA